CGAGAGCGGCCUGUGGGGCCCCGCCCCCCUCGCCUGGGUCUGGGGCCCCGCGAGACGGCGGGCGGGUGGGGGCGCCGAGAGCGGGGGCGAGGCGCAGUGGUCCAGUGACGGCCGGCCUCACUUAUUCGGGGUGCUAGCCGCAGAGCGGUGGACCCCGCAGCAGCUAGGCGGGGGCGAGGGCGAGGGGCUGCCCGACCGGCGGGGAGGGGGAGCCCGGGGCCGGGGGACGCGGGGGGAGGAGGGGGCGGGCUCCCAAUCCGGUUCCAUCCGAUUCUGCCACCACCCCCGCCGCGGGUCCCAGCAGCUCGGGCGGCGGGAGGAGCAGCAGCGGUCAAGCUACUCAGCUUCGCGAAGGCUCUCGGCGCGCCGCGGCCCUCAGGCACCCGGCUCUCGCCCGCCCCGCCGCCACGAUGCCCAAGAGGAAGGUCAUCUCCGCGGAGGGGUCAGUAAAGGAGGAGGCUAUGGAAAUAAUGUUAGAGAAAAAGCAAAUUCGAGCAAUUUUCUUAUUCGAGUUCAAAAUGGGUCGUAAAGCAGCAGAGACAACUCGCAACAUCAACAACGCAUUUGGCCCAGGAACUGCUAAGGAACGUACGGUGCAGUGGUGGUUUAAGAAGUUUCGCCAAGGAGAUGAGAGCCUUGAAGAUGACGAGCGUAGUGCACGGCCAUCAGAAGUUGACAACGAUCAAUUAAGAGAAAUCAUUGAUGCCGAUCCUCUUAAAACUACACGAAAAAUUGCCGAAGAACUCAAGGUCAACCAUUCUACAGUCGUUCGGCAUUUGAAGCAAAUUGGAAAGGUGAAGAAGCUCAAUAAGUGGGUGCCUCAUGAGCUGACCGAAAAUCAAAAAAAUCGUCGUUUUGAAGUGUCAUCUUCUCUUAUUCUACGCAACAACAACGAACCAUUUCUCGAUCGGAUUGUGACAUGCCACGAAAAGUGGAUUUUAUCUGAUAACCGGCAACAACCAGCGCAGAGGUUGGAUCGAGGGAAAACUCUGAACUUGUACCCAAAAAAGAUCAUGGUCACUGUUUGGUGGUCUGCUGCCGGUCUUAUCCACUAUAGCUUUCUGAAUCCUGGCGAAACCAUUACAUCUGAGAAGUAUGCUCAACAAAUCAACGAGAUGCACCAAAAACUACAACACCUACAGCCAGCAUUGGUCAACAGAAAGGGCCCAGUUCUUCUCCAUGACAACGCCCGACCACAUGUCGCACAACCAGCCCUUCAGAAGUUUAAUGAAUUAGGCUAUGAAGUUUUGCCUCAUCCGCCAUAUUCACCUGACCUCUUACCAACAGACUACCACUUUUUCAAGCAUCUUGACAACUUUUUGCAGGGUAAACACUUCCACAACCAGCAGGAUGCAGAAAAUGCUUUCCAAGAGUUUGUCAAAUCCCGAAGCACAGGUUUUUACGCUACUGGAAUAAACGAACUUACUUCUCGUUGGCAAAAAUGUGUUGAUUGUAAUGGUUCCUAUUUUGACUAAUAAAGAUGUGUUUGAGCCUAUUUAUAAUAAUUUAAAAUACAUGUUCCAAAAGUGCAAUUACUUUUGCACUAAAUAAACAAUUUGUUGUUUGUAAGCCA